AUGGAACCAACUACAUCCCCGAAAGACGAUAGUACAAAGACUCAAACGGCUUUGGACGACCUUAUCAAGCAAGCUGCCGCCAAAGAUGCCAUCAAGGAUUACAACGCCGCUGCAGAGCUAUAUUCUGAGGCCACGGAACUUCAAGCAGAACUCAACGGAGAACUAGCGCUGGAAAAUGCAGAUUUACUAUUCGCCUACGGAAAAGCCCUCUAUAAUGUUGCCGUCAGCAAGAGCGAUGUGCUUGGGUCCAAGGUAGCUGGAGAAUCACAGCCGAGCAGCGCAUCUGUCGAGAGGCCAUCCGCUGCGGCAACAGCCACAACCGCAGGUAUCGUUGAGAAAGCUGUCGCCCAGGGCCCACCUGAGAAGUCCGCGGGAGCCCAGAAGUCAAAUACUGGUGAUGUCCCUGCUAAGCCAUACUUUCAAUUCACUGGUGAUGAGAACUUUGACGACUCGGGUUCGGAAGACGAGGCCGACGGUGAGGAAGCUGCGGCCGAUGACGAAGACGACUUUGCCAAUGCCUUCGAAGUUCUUGACCUGGCGCGCGUGCUAUACCACAAAAAGAUGACUACGAUAGAGGAGGGAAUUGGCAAAGGGAAAUCCGCAGAUUUACCUCCAGAUCUCAGGCACGUCAAAGAACGUCUCGCGGAUACGUACGAUUUACAGGCGGAGAUCUCACUGGAGGCAGAAAGGUUUUUAGAUGCGGUGACGGACUUGAGGACGUCUCUGGAUUUAAGGCAGUCUCUAUUUCCGAUUGAAGAUCCUUCUGUUGCAGAAUGUCACUACAAGCUUUCUCUUGCCCUAGAAUUUGGCUCCGUCAAAAAUGAGAACGACAGCUCCCAAGAGGACAGUACCCUCAAAGGGCCGGUCGACGAGGAAAUGAGGGAAGAGGCCGCAGCUCAAAUGGAAAAGGCUAUUGAAAGCUGCCGUCUGAGGAUGGAUCAAGAACAGAAGAAGUUGGUUGACGAUAAUUCAUUGGAUGAGGACAAGGUGACCGCUAUGAAGAGAAGAAUAGCAAAUGUCAAAGACAUCAUAGCAGACAUGGAGCAAAGGCUCGUCGAUCUUCGACGCCCGCCAGUAUCUGCUACUGAGAAUAGCGAUGCAGAUAACACAGUGCUGAAGGGUAUUUUGGGUCAGAUUAUGGGGCAUUCUCCUUCGGAGCAAAAGGCCCAUCUCGAUGCUGUCACAAAAGAAGCAAAUGACCUUUCUGCGUUUGUCAAAAGAAAACCUGCGAGCAAGAAGCCACCCCAGAAGAGUGAGACUGUACCAAAACGAUCGGCUCCGGAAGAGGGCGCGGGAGGCGAUACAAAGAGAGCACGAGCAGGCGAUAACCUUGAAUGA